UGAUAGCACUAACAGUGAGGCUGGUGAAGGCGCGGAAACAACGGCAGCACCUAGUUCAUCGCAGCAGAACACUAAGGCGCAGCAGAAUGUUCAGACCGCUGUAGGCACCUCUUCUUUGCGCGGACACUAGCCCACAAUUGCGGACAUGCUUCGCCCAAUGGCUCCGGCAAAGCAGGAGAAAGCGCAUGAAAUUCUAUUGAAGUGGCUGAUCAACAAGAAUCUCCCAUUUUUUGUCAUUGAUGACACCUUCUUCCGUCUGUUUGUCGAGAACCUAUCAGCAACGUACAACCCGCCAUCAGCUGAUAUGAUCUCCAACCGCAUCCUCACGGCGUCUUUUGCCAAGCACCUUGAAGCAAAGCUCAAGAAACAUGCCAAGAUUCGGGACCUGACGAUCUGUCUUGAUGGGUGGACAGAUGGGUUUGGCUACUUCAUCUACGGUUUCAUGGCUCUUUGGCAGGAAAUUGAGCAUGUUCUUGAAAUCAAUGACCUGUCCGCCCAAAGGCACAACGCCGAUUUCCGAAAGCAAGAACUCGUCGAGGUACUCAAAUUGAACGGAAUCAACACAAGCUCCGUUAUCGCAUGUGUGACCGACAAUCCAUCAGUGAUGGUGAAAAUGCGAAACGAUCUGAAGGCCGAUUUUCCGAACAUCAUCCCAAUCAGAUGCUGCUUGCAUGCGUUCAACCUUCUGAUCAAGGACAUUACCGCGUUUCCAUCACUGCUAGUCACCUGCAAAUCAAACCAACAGUUGGUGAAUUUUUUCCUGAGUUCGCACAUUUGGCAGAACGUGCUGCAACAAUGCAAUCAACAGGCGUGCAAGGAAAUUUUUGGACCCUGUUUACUUCAUUGCGCGGUUCCUUCUCCCGUCGCACAAGCACCUCGUAGUGUCAAAGAAGGAGCCCUUAAGUACGAGUUCAAGGCCAGAAUUGCCAACAUGAAAGUCCAUAAGGCAGGAGGGCAAGAAAAAGGGCACAACGCACUGACCCCCACUAUUGAGGGCGCAGGCCUCGAUGUCUUUUACCAAGAUUUUGACGAAGACUUGAGGUUGGAGCUCAUGAUGGCUGAAGAACUGGAGCCUUUGCUGCAAGCAAAUGAGAAUGAGCCAGAGGAAGACAGCAUGGAGGAGUACUUUGUCAUCGGUGAUGUUGAGAGAGAUCAAACAGAAAACGAAGGAGAUGAAGUAGAGGAAGAUGCUUAGGAUGGACCCUGGUCAAUAGAUGACAUCCAAGGACAAUAAAGAAAGGAAAGGGUGCAUGGUUUUCCCUACACGCGCAUCAUGUUCAGAUUUUUGCUUCUCACGCAUAUGAGACAUCGCAUGUGGAUUUUUGCUUCUCAUAUGCACUGGAAAUUAGAGGUGUGUUUGUGAUAUGCAUAGAGUAUA